AGCUGAAGCAGCGCUUGGAACAGCAGGAGCAGGCGGUGAAGGCCGCCUCCGAGGAGGCCAGCGAGCUGCUGAAGCGCUUCGAUGAGAUGAAGGAGCUGAAGCAGCACCAGGACUACCAGCACCUGCAGCAAGAGAUCGAGAACAGCUCCAAAGAAGCUCAAGGCCAACAGGAGAAACUGAAGGAGGAACACCGCCGCAGAGCCAAACUUUUGAGUCGGAAGCUCCGUGAGGCCGAGCAGCAGCGGCAGCGGCAGGAAGACCUGGAGCGCCAGCGGCGGGAGGAGAGCCAAGAACGCCUGCGCCGCCUCUACGCCAUCCAGGAGGAGGUUUUGCAGAUCCACCAACAGAUCGGCCUCAACGCCCGGCACAAAGACCUGCCCGCCGUCGACUUCUCGCUCUACAACAACCGUGGCAAUCAGCUCUGUGGGGAGGUGUCUGCCUUAGUCCGGAUGGCCAAUGAGGCUUUCCCCAGCGAGGCAGAUGUGUCUUCCGCUGAGCACACCCUGCUCAAAAUGCACCAGCUGCUUUCUGACAUGCAGCAAGAAAUUGCGCUCGGCCUGGAAAAGAAGAAGCAGCAGGAGGAGAAAUUGGCUUUGGCUGCGGCUGCAGCAGCCGAGGCCAAAAAAACAGAGGAACUGCAGAAACAGGAGCUGGCAAAAUCCCAGACUUCGGAUCCCGGAAAGCUUGCUGGAGGGCUUCAGGUAAAGGCCGACCCCUCCAUCAUGAAGUGGUACGAAGAGCUGCAGAAAGAAUCGGAACAUUGUGUGGCUUCCUUCAGUCGCUUGGCCAACAGCAAAGACACGCAGGAGAAAAAAAUCAAAAUGGAAUUGCAGAAAGCUGCCACCAUCCCUGUUAGCCAGAUUUCUACCAUUGCAGGUUCUCAACUGAAGGAGAUAUUUGAAAAGAUCAACAGCCUCCUUUCAGGAAAAUACGUGCCCUGCGGCGGCCAUAAAAUAUCCGUCACGCAGCACCCCGAGGGCCUAGAGUUUGUUUAUUUCAAACUGGCUGAAAAGUUUGUGAAACAAGGUGAAGAAGAAGUGGCCGCACACCACGAAGCGGCGUUCCCCAUUGCCGUGGUGGCGUCUGGCAUCUGGGAGCUGCACCCCAAGGUGGGCACCCUCACCUUGGCUCACUUGCACAAAAAGUGUCCUUACGCCGUGCCCUUCUACCCUGCGAUGAAGGAAAGCACCCCACUGGAAGAGUAUCAGAGGAUACUUGGCUACCAAGUGAAGGAUGGGAAAGUAGAGCCCCAAGAUAACUUUCUCAAGCGGAUGUCUGGAAUGAUCCGACUCUAUGCGGCCAUCCUGCAGCUUCAGUGGCCUUAUCGAGAUAAGCAAGGGACUCACCCCCAUGGAUUAAACCAUGCCUGGCGUUGGCUGGCACAGGUUUUGAACAUGGAGCCGCUGGCAGAUGUGACGGCAACGAUUCUGUUCGAUUUCCUGGAGGUGUGUGGGAAUGCUCUCAUGAAGCAGUACCAGGGGCAAUUUUGGAAGAUGCUUCUGCUGAUCCAGGAAGAGUAUUUUCCCAGGUAUGGCCUGGAAUUUUGA